UGCGUCGCCUUCAUUGGAUCGAUCUCGUCGUGAAUCCAACCAGCUGCCGCCUCCGCCUCACAGUCCCACUGACUAGUAAUAAGGAGGAGAGGAAUGGGGCGGCGCGCGUGGCAGCUGGCCGCGGCGGCGGCUAUCGUGGCCGUGCUCGGCGCGGCGGCGGUGCGGCCGGCCGGGGCGGCGCCGCAGGUGCCGUGCUACUUCAUCUUCGGGGACUCGCUGGUGGACAACGGCAACAACAACUUCAUCGUGUCGAUGGCGCGCGCCAACUACCCGCCCUACGGGAUCGACUUCGCCGGCGGGCCCUCCGGCCGCUUCAGCAACGGCCUCACCACCGUCGACGUCCUCGCCAAGCUUCUGGGCUUCGACGACUACAUCCCCCCGUUCGCCGGCGCAAGCAGCCAGCAGCUCCUCACCGGCGUCAACUUCGCCUCCGCCGCCGCCGGCAUCCGGGAGGAGACCGGCCAGCAGUUGGGCGGGCGCAUCAGCUUCAGCGGGCAGGUGCGGAAUUACCAGUCGGCGGUGCAGGAGCUGGUGAGCAUCCUGGGCGACGAGGACUCGGCGGCGACGCACCUGAGCCGGUGCCUCUUCACGGUGGGCAUGGGCAGCAACGACUACCUCAACAACUACUUCAUGCCGGCCUUCUACAGCACGGGCAGCCGCUACACCCCGGAGCAGUACGCCGACGCGCUGGCCGCCGACUACGCCCGGCUCCUGCAGGCCAUGUACGGCUACGGCGCCCGGAAGGUGGCGCUGAUGGGCGUGGGGCAGGUCGGGUGCAGCCCCAGCGAGCUGGCGCAGCGGAGCCCCAGCGGCGUCGCCUGCGUCGAGGAGAUCGACGGCGCCGUCCGGCUCUUCAACCGGCGGCUCGUCGGCCUCGUCGACCGCUUCAACGCGCUCCCCGGCGCGCACUUCACCUACGUCGACGUGUACGGCAUCUUCGAGGACCUCAUGCGCUCCCCCGGCGCGCACGGGCUCAGGGUCACCAACGCCGGGUGCUGCGGGGUGGGCAGGAACAACGGGCAGGUGACGUGCCUCCCGUUCCAGACGCCCUGCGCCAACCGCCACGAGUACCUCUUCUGGGACGCCUUCCACCCGACGGAGGCGGCCAACGUCCUCGUCGGCCAGCGGAUAUACAGCGCCAGGCUCGCCUCCGACGUCCACCCCGUCGACAUCCGGACGCUCGCGCGGCUCUAGAUCGAGCUGCAGGGCCAGGGCCCGCCGUGUCAGCCGCAGAGCUUAUGUAUAUCGAUCAUAUAUAGGCUUCGGUUUCUUCUAUCUGUGAAUUAGUUGUGUGGGACAGAUACAUACCAUCGUGUGGGCGUGACCCAAAAGGGUUCUUCUUGGGGUACGACGUGCACAGCGUAUAGGCAAACUGCAAAUUUAUGGUACUCCAUCCGUUCUAAAUUAUAAGUCAUUCUAAAAAUCUUGGAGAGUCAAAUUUUUUCAAGUUUGAUCAAAUUUAUAUGACAAGAUAAUAACAUUUAUGAUACCAAUUAAGUAUCAUUAGAUUUCUUGUUAGCUAUAUUUUCAUAUUGCACCUAUUUGAUGUCAUAAAUUUUUAUAUUUCUCUCUAUAAUUUUGGUCAAACUUUGAGAUAGUUUGACUCUUCAAAAUUCUUGGAAUGACUUAUAAUUUGGAACGGAGGGAGUACCGUUUUCAAAGUGAUGUGUAACUUUUUAAGUAGAUUGGCAUUUUGCCAUUUGGGAAACCAUGUACGGUUUGGUUGAGUAAA